ACUCACUCCAUCACUCACUGAGAUACUCACCCACUCUUUCUCUGUCUCUGUCUCACUUACACACACACACACUCAAACACGCACUCUCUCUCAUUCUCUCCUUCUGUCUUUAUCUUUCUCUUCCUCUCACUAAAAGAUGCACAUGUGUAUGCUAAUCCGUCAACAGCCUCCUUCCAGCACGGCCCCGACGCCAUUGCCGCGUGCCAGGAACACGUCAUGAACCGCGACAGCGAGGGCCUGCUGCGCGACAUGAUCCGGCUGAAGGAGAUCAUCGAACGCAUGCCCAACGCCUUCCACUCCAUCUCGACCAACCCCAGCUCGGGCGACAACUACGUCUCGGCCGCCGAGUGGGUGCGGUGGGGCAAGUUCUCCGCGCCCCUAUCCAAGAGGUGCCCGGCCGCCUCCGGCCUUCAGUUUCCACCUUACCUCCUGCUGGACGCCUUUCUCGGCCGGAAGAAGUACAACUCGUUCCUCGGAAACGAGGGCCUCCACCUGCGCGCGUGGCUGCCGUCGAACCUGCGGGCCUUCAUCGCCGCCGUCGAGUACCACUACCGCAUCCCGGAGUACGUCCGGCAGUCCGGCGACCCGCGGCUUAUGGGCGUGCUGGACGGCAUCGUCGAGGCCUACACGGGCGAGCGCGGCUUCAUGGGCACGCACCGGUACAAGGUGUUCGGCAUCCUCGAGGUGGCCUCCAAGACAGGCCGGACCGAGACGAACGGCGCGUCCGGUGCCACGGACGACUCGGGCCGGCCGUGGGAGGAGGUCCACCGGCAGUUCUCGGACGCCAUGAAGGAGCGCCUGGAGCCGUACCGCGGCAACAUCCCCGUGGAACCGCACGAGAUGCGCGGCACCUUUGAGGAGUGCCGGUACAAGUCGCGUAUCCUCGCCCGCUCCUUCGUCGACGCGGACCCCGAGCGGUCCAUCGCCAUGGUCACGCUCGACCUGCAGAACACGGGCAUCACGUUCCAGCCCGGCGACAGACUGGCCGUCAUGCCCCUCAACAGCUGGGAGGAGUGCGCCAAGGUCGCCGCGGCCCUCGGCCUGGAUACAAUGCUUGAGAGUCCCGUCCUCCUUGACCGCAAGUGGUCGCGUUUCGCCGAGCAUCUAGAGACGGUCUCGAACCACGGCGUCCCGAACCCCCUGACCAGGACGAGGAAGCUCACAGUCAAAGACAUUCUUCGCCGAGGCCACCUGGCGCCGCUGACGCGGGAGCUCGUCCUCAAGAUCCACGCCAUGCUGAGAGCCUCGUCCAACACGGUGCUGCAAGUGCUGGCAACGGACGAGUGGCCGGUCCGCGGCUCGCUCGGGGACCUCCUCCAGGCCGCCGUCACGGACACGCCGACGCACAUCUGGGACCAUGCCUUUGACCUGUCUCACGACGUGCCCUGGCUCAGCGACCUCAUCCCCGUCGAGAUCCCGCGGACGUACUCCAUCUCCAAUUACCCCGACGAGCUGCUGCCAAGCACCGUCGACCUCACCGUUUCCCGGGCCGAAUACAACCUGUGCGCCACCUUUGCGGGAACGUCGUCCAACAUCUCGCGGUACGGCGUGAGCAGCGGUUACCUCAACCCGCCCGUCGGCUCCCCGGAAGACUUCGUGACCGACAACGACGACGACGACGACGACGACGACGAUGACAACGGGCUUCUAGUCGGCAUCUCGCGGCCCAUUGCCUUCCAGCUGCCCCUGGACGGAGCCGCGCCGUGCGCCUUCUUCGCCGGCGGCAGCGGCAUCGCGCCCUUCCGAAGCUUCUGGCAGGCCCGCGCCGGCCGCUCCGUCGGGAAGAACACGCUCUACCUCGGCGUCCAGAGCCGUGAAAAGUUCUGCUACGAAGACGAGCUGCGACAGUACGUCGGCGCCGGCUUCAUGGAAGUCCAUCUCGCCUUCUCCCGCGACAGCCGCGGCCUCGCGUUCGACCCCGUCGCCCGAGACCUCGUCGAGCGCCGCACGGAGCCGCGGUACAUCGACGCCCUCAUCGCCGAGCAGGGCGCCGGCGUCUGCGACCUCGUCAUGUCCAAGAAGCAGGGCGGCCUCGGCGGGCACCUGUACAUCUGCGGCUCGGUGGCCGUCUUCGACUCGGUCAUGAGCGGGCUGCGCAAAGCCAUCUACAACCACCGCACGGCGACCGCGGAGUCGACGGACCUCAUCAUCAACACGGCCUUCGCCGAGCGCCGCAUCAUGCUCGACGUCUUCAUGACGCCUAAGCCGCUGCCCUGCAACCGCCCGACCAUCCCGCUCUCGCAGCUAGCAGUCCACACGGGGCACCGGCCCGGAGGACGGAUGUGGAUCGCCGUCCACGGCAGCGUCUACGACGUGACGGACUUCUCGCCGAUGCACCCGGGGGGCACGCUGAUCCUCAAGUCCAACGCCGGCGUGGACUGCACGCGGUCGUUCGACAAUCUCGCGCACACCAACAACCCGGAGGUGGCCAGCCUGCUGACCAAGUACUUCGUCGGCCACCUGACGCCCAAGCCCGAGUUCCACGGCGGCUGCGAGGAGCUCGGCGGCCUCUACGACGUGUGGGCGGCGUACCUGCGGACAACGGUCGAGACGCUCGUGGCGCAGCAGUUCGAGAUGGACGACAUCCUCGGCUCGCCCGAGCUCUGGUUCCAGGGCAGUCUCAUCAACAUGCUCGGCGUGCGCAUCUUCUACCAGUACCAGUCGCGGCUCCUGCAGGGCGGCUUCUCGGCCCUCUUCGGCCCCAAGUUCCAGGAGCUCGUGCUGAAGCUCUCCUUCGCCAUGGCCAACACGGCACACGGCGGCGGCGGCGGCGGCGACGGUAGCGGUCCGGAAGUCAAGCUCCCGGACAUCCUUGGCAUCAUCGCCCGGGCCAAGACGUCGGCCGACGCCGUCGCGACGUCCCGGGAGGUGUCCCGCGUCGGACAGUUCGUCUGCGACAGCGAGCCGGCGCGGUUCAUGGAGCGCGGCAUCAUGGACUACGCCACGCGGUCGGUGCAGCUCGACAUGGAGCUCCUCGAGGACAUGCGCGACGAGGCGUGCCACGGCAUGGACGCCUUCGCCAGCGUUGCGGACCUCGACGCGGCGGUGUCCGACGACCAGCGGGUCGCGGCCCUCUGCCGGUUCCUCAUGCAGACGCUGGAGCGCAUGGCCAGGCGUCUUGAGGUGUUCUACUCGAGGCUCGCGCAGUGCUCCGUCUACCGGCCCGAGAUCGAGCGGAACCCGGCCCGCACGCGCUGGGACCUCGUGAGGCGCCGCGUCCGGGACGGGUCCUUCUUCGUCUUGACGCAGAGCACCGUCAUCGGCGGCGCGCCGCCGUAUAAGCCCGCGCAGCAGGAGACCGUCGUGUUCGACAACGUCCUCUCGCAGAUCCAGCAGACGAUCCGGAACGCGCCGCGAAGGCCGGUAUCAAGGUCCGAGUCCGGUCCGGCAGCGGCGCAACAUCACUAUCAGCAGCAGCAGCAGCAGCAGCAGCACAGCAUGAGACUCAACGAGCGGCACCGCGUAAGGGCGGAGGCACCCGUCAACGGCGCAUCAGCGUUCGAGUCGCACCAGAACAGCAACGCGCUGAACCGCAUGUCAACCUUCAUCGACAAGAACAUGCGCGCCAUCCGUCGCCUGAGCAAGGUGCCCCGCGACAUGAGCUUCGAGCAGAUGCUGGCGGCGAACCAGCCGCAGUUCCACGCCCACGGCGUCACGACGCCGCCGUCGAGCCGCGGAUCUAGCCGAUCGCCUACGAGGGGCCGGCAGUCGUCCGCGAACGCGCUGCACACCCAGAGCGUCGUCCCCCGCUCGCGCGCUCCGUCGUUGGCCGAGGAGUCGAUGGGUCGUGUGACGCUCAACCGGCGAGGCACGGUGAGCUCUGAUGGUUCGCGGUUCGUCUCGUCCCUCUCUCACCAUCAACAUCAACAUCAUCGUCACCACCACCACCACCACCAUAGCCAUGGUGAGGGGACGAACUACUACCACCACGGCGCAUCACAUCACUUCCCGCCUACACCUGUCGCUACGCCGCCGCCGCCACCGCCGCUGGACCCCAACACAGCGAUUCGGUCGAUGGUCAGCCGCCUGAACCUCAAGUCUCGGAGCGCAGCUGGGUCGUUACCCGCGUCGCCCGCGCUAUCGCUGGACGACAAGGGCCGGAUGGCGCGGGUGUCGGCGCAGAUGGCGGGCGGGUCGACGGCGCACAACGCGCGCAACCGGUCAACGAGCUCGCUGAGGUCGUUCAAGCUGAGGGAGCUGGUGGCGAGCCAGGAGCCGGGCCGGAUCGCGCCGACGUUUUGAGAGGUUAUCGUAGUUGUAUGAGCGGACCAGCGAAAAGAAUGGUUGGAGAGGACCUUGGAAUGUAUUUGGCCGUAUGAUAAUGCCAUUUUUGAUCGGCCUCUCGUCUCUUUCACGUACCUAGUGCCCGAAAAGCGCGGUGAAGCAUAUCCACAUGUUGACUUGGCCGGUGUGUACUCACGAAGAUGUCCAACUCACCUUAGUUAACUACCACUAUUAGUAUCACUGUGCAAGAUGGAUGUUCCUUGUUUGGUGUUUAAUUGACUUCUUAUGCCAAGGAGUUGAUAGUCUGCUUGGCUUGAAUCAUGUCGCCGAGGUCUUCUAGUGGCCAGUUUCCAGUCAAAGAAGAUAGUCAACUACCUUCCAACAACCUCUUAGAAAAUGCAAAGAUAGAACAAAAUAAAAUGAAACCGUAACGCACAA